CAUGACCCCUACGCAGUCUGCGCUUGAUCGAGUAGGUCCACAGUCUGAUCAAGAUAAAUAGAAAUAUCAUACAAACGUCUGGCCAUUCGAUCAGACUUCACAACGCGGUGCAGCUGAACUUCCUCCAAAAGCUUACCAAAAUGGCUACGCUUCUGUACAUCUUGUCUUUUCUCUCGAUAUGCGUGUUCGCCUCUGCGCUGGACUGUUAUGAAUGCCAAAAGUGUAAAUCAUAUGCACAAUACGGACUACGAAGUGAAACCUGUUCACCGCCCCUUCUCGCGGUUCCUGGUUUUACUGAUGCCCGAUGUUAUAAGGAGAUUAACGAUAACGGGGAGGUCUUCCGUGGAUGCACCAGUGUGACUAAAUGCACCGCCAGAGAAGUUGUCCAAAAGUGUUCUGAAACGAAAACUACAAACUGUUACAUCUGCUGUGACAAACCCAACUGCAACUCCGCCCCCUUCACUACAGUUUCUAUGGCAACGCUUAUCCUGUCGUCCGCUUUUGCUGUAGUCCGAUUGCUGUGAUAAACUAAUUAUAAAGGGCGCCAUCUACGUGUCUGGGGUCGAAUCACAAAGAGUCAUGCAUGGUGAAUCGAAGUAGCUUUUGAAUUUCUAGUUUUAUACAUCCGGUUAAAAUUACCGCGUAGGUGGUGGAAUCCACAGGGGAUGUGCCCUUGCGUGUAUUGACCAACGAGGUUUAUGGCACUAUUGGAUGUCAUGUGCACUUUAAGGAUUAAAGAUUAAAGAGUUGUGUUACCAUCUUAAAAUAAGAAUCCACAUAAAAUGUGUCAUUGCUGAGAAAUGAGCAAAAUAAACAUGGAAUUCCAUCAAAAUAAUGUCAGGUAUUUUUCCAAACAAUAGUAAUAGUCUGCCCCACAUAUGCCUUUUUGUGUUAAACUGUUAAUGAUCCUCAGAAUUAUUGGUUUUCACUUGGCUAAGAUUUCAUGAUUUCGCAAAGAUGGGUUUAUUUCAAUGUACUAGAACUAGAUUCAUAAUAACACGGUGGCUUUUAACCUCGUCUGGUUGGCGAUAGAGCGAGGAAUGCGCAUGCGUGGCGACUAAAUAUUUGUGAAACACGCCCGUGGUAUUUAACAUGCAUUGUCACUUUUGUAAGAAUUGAAUUAAUUAGGUUUGUAGUUUACAAUCGGAUUGUAUUAAAUUAAAUUAUUGUGUCUUCUCACUGUGCCUUUCCCCACGCUCGUUAAGAUUGAGAAUAAUGCACAACGCCAAUGUCACAAUCACCCCCUACAGAAAU